AUGAGCGAUACCAGCUCCGACUACGAGAGCGCUAGCACCCCAGUCGCUCCCAUACACGUGGAUCCAGAUGCCGUCACCACGAGCUCACUGCAGGCUCUUCAGUCCUCGGACCAACGCAAGGUCAUGGACAUUGUGGACAAGCUCCGACGCACUGGUCUUAGUGGUAUAGUGGAGCUCCCCCAACUCAUUGUUUGCGGUGACCAGUCAUCGGGCAAGAGUUCAGUGCUGGAGGCGAUUACCGAAAUCCCGUUUCCUCGCAAGGAAAACCUGUGCACGCGGUUUGCGACUGAGAUUAUUCUGCGUCGCUCCACAACUUCGACUAGUACCGUCACGAUUACCCUGGAUAAGCUGCGUCCGAAAAAUGAACAGAUCAAGCUCAAGGAAUUUACCAAGUCGAUCAGCGACUUUGAUGAGCUCCCCGAUGUCAUCGAGGAGGCAACCAUAGCCAUGGGUCUAGGCGCUGUAGGAGGUAUCAACUCCAGAGCAUUCUCCCGCGAUGUACUGUCUAUCGAGAUCACAGGCCCGAACAGGCCCCAGCUGACUCUCGUCGACCUUCCUGGUCUCAUUCAUGCGACAAAUAAGGCUCAGACGGAGACUGACAAGGAGCUGAUCCUGGACCUUGUCACGCAGUACAUGAAGAACCCUCGCACAAUCAUUCUGGCCGUCGUCAGCGCAAAGAACGACUUUGCCAACCAGAUUAUCCUUGAUCACUGCCGCAAGGUCGAUGAGCAGGGCCGCCGUACUCUGGGCAUCAUCACCAAACCAGACUACCUUCGUGAGGGCACCGAGAACGAGCUGAGCUGGAUUGAGCUUGCGCAGAACAAAGACAUCUAUCUGGAGCGCGGCUGGCACAUGCUGAAGAACCGGGCUGAUGACCAGAUGGGCUUCUCAUUUGAGCAGCGUAACGAAGAUGAGACGCGCUUCUUCAGCAAAGGCCGAUAUGCCGAACUGCCUCGCGAGUGCGUGGGCAUCGUCUCGCUGCGCCAACGCCUCAGCAAGGUGCUGCUCAGCCACCUGACCAAAGAGCUGCCAUCGCUCAAGGAGGAAAUGGUAGGCCGGCUCGAGACCACAAUCGAGGAGAUUGAACAGCUGGGCGAGAAACGCAACACAAGCCAUGAGCAGCGCAUUGUCCUCAUGAAGAUCAGCAUGAAAGUCAACAGUGUCUUGAAAUCCGCUACAAAGGGAUACUACGAUUCGCCCUUUUUCGGGUCCAUCAACACAGACGCCGCAGUGGACUCUUCGGAGAAUAUUCGCCGCUUCCGCGCUGUGAUUCAGCAUCUCAACAUGGGGUUCGAGAAAGACAUGCGGCUCCGAGGCCACAAGUUCUUCUUCGAAGCGGGGCCUGGCGACGAGGAGAAGGAGACGAAGGAGGCACUCAAGGCGCAGGAAGAGCUGGAAGAAGAACUAAAGAGGGACAAGUACGGGCUCACAAAAGGCCUUCCAGUUCCCAAGAAGUUGACGCGCGACGAAGCCGUUGAAUGGGUCAAGAAGCUGCUUGAGCGCUCGCGCGGCUACGAACUCCCCGGCACGUUCCAACCGCUGCUCAUCUCGCAGCUGUUCUGGGAACAGUCUGAGCCAUGGGAAGAGCUUGCAUCGCUGCACAUUACCAAGGUAGCACAAGCCUGCGAGGAGUUUGUCGAUAUCGUUCUCGAAGACACGACGCCCGUGGAAUUCCGGCACCGGCUCGCGGCUCUCAGUGUGGAUGCUGCGCUGAGGAAGUCGCUGGCCGACGCAAAGGCCGAGCUGCGCAAGCUUCUCAGCGACAAGGCUCGUCAUCCGUCCACGUACAAUCAGCACUUUACGACUAGGAUCCAGAAGAUGCGCAUGCGCAAGCAUCAGGCCAUGACGGGGAGUGCGUCUGAAGCCUCGACCACGACCGUCAAAGAUCAGUCCGGCACGGCAUGUACGUACAUUGAGAUCGACAAGCUCGCUGCCCAGAUGGACAUGCUCAUGGAAUUCGACAUGGAUGUGUUCGCCAGUAAGGAGGCGCUCGACACGCAGCAUGCCUACUACCAGGACGAGAUGAAGUACUUUGUCAACGCCAUUACCAAGGCCGUCAUUGAGCGUCACUUGGUGGAGCCGUUGCCUGACGUCAUCCUUUCGCCGCUGGUGGUGACGGAAAUGUCGGACAAGGAGGUCGAGUACGUUGCUGCUGAGCCUCCAGAGACGACGCAGCAGAGAGGUCAUCUGGAGGCUAGGAGGGCCAUGUUGGAGAAGGGCCUGGCGACGUUCAGGGAGGCCAUGGGCGAACUGAGGCGCUAG